CUUCUCUCUCUCUCUCUGUCUCUCGCCCAUCCCUCAGUCCAUCUUCUUCUCUCUCAUUCAAUGCUUUACAGAACUCACCACCACCCUUUACUCUUCACAUUCAACCCUUUUUCCCACUCUUCUUCUGCCUUAUCAUCUCAUCUUCUUCCUUCUCCUCGUCUUCAGGAAAUGGAGGCUGUGCAGGGGGAUUCCAGAGGCGGGUUGGUGCCGGAGACGCCGGCGAAGACGGCGGUUCCUCUGGAUGAAUGCUUGGGUGGCAACGGGGACGACUUCUUCGUCGACGAGCUGCUCGAUUUUUCGAAUGGAUACUCUGAAACAGAAGAACAACCGCCGCCGGAAGAGUCUCAGGAAAUUGAACAGGGGAAGGACAAAAAUUGCUGUGUUUCUCAGGAGAAAGAAACCGCUCCUCCGGAGGAUAGUUCUCUCUCCGGGAAAGAUGAUUUCGGGUCUCUCCAAGAAAGCGAACUCAGUUUUCAGGCGGAAGGGUUGGAGAGUCUGGAAUGGCUGUCCCAUUUCGUGGAGGACUCAUUUUCCGAUUACUCCCUCGCCGGAAAACUUCCACCCAAGCCAACGGAGAACAGCUCCGGCACGGCGCGGGAGCAGCCAUGUUUCACCACUCCCGUGCAAACUAAGGCCAGGACGAAGAGAGCCCGGAGCGGCGUGCGCGUUUGGCCGGUUCUGUCGCCUUCGUUCACAGAGACCUCCACCUCGUCCUCAUCUUCGACGUCCUCCACGACGUCGUUUCCGCAAUCCAGCCUCGGGCUAGUCCAGACCCAAACCGGGGAGUCCUCUCUCGGAAAAACGCCCCCCAAGAAGCAGAAAAGGAAACCGGCCGACGGAGGCGGAGGUGGGGCGGCGCAGCCCAGGAGGUGCAGCCAUUGCGGCGUCACGAAGACCCCACAGUGGCGGGCCGGCCCGCUCGGCUCGAAGACUCUCUGCAACGCUUGUGGAGUGAGGUACAAGUCGGGUCGGCUUUUGCCCGAAUACCGACCCGCGUGCAGCCCGACUUUCUCUAGCGAGUUGCAUUCCAACAACCACCGGAAAGUUUUGGAGAUGCGGCGGAAGAAGGAGGCGGCGGAAACCACCGGUCUGCCGCCACCGGUUCAGAGUUUUUGAAGGCUUAUCAAAUUUGAUUUUUAGGUAGGAAAAGGGAGGUAGAGAGAGAAACAAUCUUAGGAAUUGAGUUGACAAAACCGGAGUCGGCUCAGACCGGCUCGGUACAGUUAGUGUAUAUUCUUUUAUCAUGGACCCAUGGUUUGGUGAGGUAGGUUACUAGGCUGUGUAACUGAUUAGGAAAGACUUUUUUAAAUUUUAAUGUAAUUCGAAUUUUUAAUUAAUUUUCUAUUUUCACCCCA